UUAAUGACAUUUAAUACUUCUGACAGUUGCAUUUCAUUAUUUUCUUUAAAUUACUUUUGAUACAAUUUUAUCCACAUUUAUUACAGUUUGUAUUAAUUUAAAUCCUUAGAAGCAAUAAUGUCCUUAUCACCAUGGUUGAAGUCCCCUUUUACAGACUUAACGGGAUCCCUAGUAAAUCACCAAUGGUAUGGAGAAUGUGCUGAUAUGGAGUUAAAAGUUUUAGACUGUCUAGAUGCAUAUGGAUUAGACAAAGGCUUAAGAAAAUGUGAUGAUCUGAUAGAAGACUUCAGGGAAUGUGCUUUGAAAACAAAACAGUUUAAACGAAUGGUCGCCAUGAGAAAUGAAAGGCACCGUCAACAUUUUGCUGGUGAGAGAACAUCAGAAAAUAAAUAUGCCAAAGGUCCUGCCUAUGACAGUUACUAAAUAAUUAAUUAUUGUAGAUGUUUUUAGUUGUAAAUAAAUGUAUUAAAAAUUGUC